CCCAUAGAAAAUAAUGAGUUCUUUUCCCUCAUUUUACCAAUCCAUUCAUGAAGAUGAAGAAGAAGACGCUCACUCCGACCGCAUGCGAAUGGCUAUGAUGGCUUCUUUAGUUGCAACGAGCUCCAACACUCGUGAGUACAUAGAUCGUGGUCGAGAAGCUGGACAACGUUUGUUGAUGGAUGAUUACUGGAAUCCAAAUCCCACCUACAACGCACGUAUCUUCCGGCGUCGAUUUCGCAUGCAACGACAUUUGUUCAAUCGAAUCAUGACAGAUGUCAUGGCCUUUGAUCCUUAUUUCCUAAGUACAGCUGAUGCUGCAAAUAAGGAAGGUAAUUCAAAAUUGAUCUACUCAAGGAAAGUGAGCCCCAACGGAUUCAUUCCAAGCAGCAUAUAUAUUCAAGCAACCAAAAGGAGAGAUGUGUGCUGAACCGAGAAAAAUACUUAGAAGAAUCAUUCAAGAAAAGGAUCAAGUCCUUGGCGCCUGAAACUGCCCGCUCGGAGUUCUAGAUAGAGUUUUUCUUUUCCCUUUCAUAUUGUACUUGGAAUAUUGAGGCUUAAUUGGCUAGAGUAGCUGCCUCGGGUUAAGUGUGUGUGAGAGCUUUGUGAUAAAGCUGAGAGGCUCUCUACCCGCAAGGUAGAGAUGCAUAACUCUUCCUAGAUAGGAUAGAGUUGGGGAGGCUCAAGGGUAGAUUAGGAGAAUCACUCUUGUAACUCUUUCAAAGGCUUGUUUAGUGAAGUUGUUUAAAAUUCCUCCGAGGGAGGUCGAGGUUUUUU